UGCUUUACCAUCUACCCAACUGUCAGAUCUUGAAAGUUUGUGUCAAGUUUGUGUAUGAGUUGUAUUUUUUGUUGAACACGGCUCUUAAGACCUAUUGGAAAAAUACAAUAUAGUUCUAGCAGUACGAAACAAACUUAAGCAAUGUCUAUUUUAUCGUACAAUGGUGGAGCCAUGGUGGCGAUGAAGGGGGACCAAUGUGUGGCUAUUGCUACAGACAAGAGAUUCGGCAUCCAAGCCCAAACAAUUUCCCUGGACUUUAAGAAAGUUUUUGAUAUGGGCCCACAUCUGUUUGUUGGUCUGCCUGGACUUGCGACUGACACCCAGACAGUUAUGGAGAAAUUGAGAUUCAGGAAAAAUCUUUACGAGUUGAAAGAGAAUCGCAAAAUGAGCCCCAAAGUCUUCAGUUCGAUGGUCUCAAAUAUGCUUUACGAGAAGCGCUUUGGUCCAUUCUUUGUGGAGCCCAUUAUCGCUGGAUUGGAGCCGAAAACUUUUGAGCCUUACGUGUGCAACAUGGAUCUGAUCGGUUGUCCGAACGAGCCCGAGGACUUUGUCGUCGGGGGCACAGCCUCGGCGCAGCUUUACGGUAUGUGCGAAGCGCUUUGGGUUCCGAAGCUCAAGCCCGACGAGCUCUUCGAGACCAUCUCGCAGGCUCUGAUUAACGCCUUCGACAGGGACGCAAUUUCCGGUUGGGGUGCAACUGUUUAUAUCAUCGAGAAGGAUAAGGUCACAGUGAGGGAGCUGAAAACCCGUAUGGAUUAAGGUGCUUUCAUAUGUAUUUUUUUUUAUAUUGCUAAUUAUAAAUUAUAAGGUCUUUAAAGUAAAAAAAAAAA